GGUCUCUAGAUAAACUUUAUAACUUCGCUGAUUGCUCUGGACUCCACCUGAUAUUUGCUCUAAAUGCACUGCGUCGUAAUCCCAAUAACUCCUGGAACAGUUCUAGUGCCUUGAGUCUGUUGAAGUACAGUGCCAGCAAAAAGUACAACAUUUCUUGGGAACUGGGUAAUGAGCCAAAUAACUAUCGGACCAUGCAUGGCCGGGCAGUAAAUGGCAGCCAGUUGGGAAAGGAUUACAUCCAGCUGAAGAGCCUGUUGCAGCCCAUCCGGAUUUACUCCAGAGCCAGCUUAUAUGGCCCUAACAUUGGGCGGCCCAGGAAGAAUGUCAUCGCCCUUCUAGAUGGAUUCAUGAAGGUGGCAGGAAGCACAGUGGAUGCAGUUACCUGGCAACAUUGCUACAUUGAUGGCCGGGUGGUCAAGGUGAUGGACUUCCUGAAAACUCGCCUGUUAGACACACUCUCUGACCAGAUUAGGAAAAUUCAGAAAGUAGUUAAUACAUACACCCCAGGAAAGAAGAUUUGGCUUGAAGGCGUGGUGACCACCUCAGCUGGAGGCACAAACAAUCUGUCAGAUUCCUAUGCCGCAGGAUUCUUAUGGUUGAACACUCUAGGAAUGCUGGCCAAUCAAGGCAUUGAUGUUGUGAUACGGCACUCAUUUUUUGAUCAUGGAUAUAAUCACCUCGUGGACCAGAAUUUCAACCCAUUACCAAUGCCAUCUGGGUACAAAGGGAUGCUGACAUCAUGUGCUGGUAAUGGGGAGGGGCUGCAUGGUUCAUGUGCUGUCACGUGGGAUACUCACUCAAUCAUCCUCCCUGGUUACUUGACACUCUACCCUGGCAUUGUGGACUACUGGCUCUCUCUCCUUUACAAGCGCCUGAUAGGCCCCAAAGUCUUGGCGGUGCAUGUUGCUGGGCUCCAGCGGAAGCCACGGCCAGGCCGAGUGAUCCGGGACAAACUAAGGAUUUAUGCUCACUGCACAAACCACCACAACCACAACUAUGUUCGAGGGUCCAUUACACUUUUUAUCAUCAACCUGCACCGAUCAAGAAAGAAAAUCAAACUGGCCGGGACUCUCAGGGACAAGCUGGUGCACCAGUAUCUGCUGCAGCCCUAUGGACAGGAGGGCCUGAAGUCCAAGUCAGUGCAGCUGAACGGCCAGCUCUUAGUGAUGGUGGAUGAUGGGACCCUUCCAGAAUUGAAGCCCCGCCCCCUGCGGGCCGGCCGGACAUUGGUCAUCCCUCCAGUCACCAUGGGCUUUUAUGUGGUCAAGAAUGUCAAUGCUUUGGCCUGCCGCUACCGAUAAGCCACCCUCACACUCACAAGGUGCCAGCGUGCCUGCUGGACUGCUUUCCACUCUUCUACCCUAAUUGUAACCUUAUUUUUCAGACAUCUUCUUAGCAACAAAGCAGCCUCUGCUGCCCCCAUCCUGCUGGAAUCGACAUAGAUUUGCUCUCCAAAGAGAUAAAUGUCAAACGUUAGCCUAGGUAGGUCACAUCCACCCCAAAGGAAAAUGUAGACAUGAUCUGUACCUGUAAGGAUGAAGAUAUGUGUGUAGAGCUGUGUAUAUCCUUAUACAUGCACCAUGAAGACAAGCUGACAGUGCACUCCCAGGACAAAGGAAACAACUCCCCAUGAUCCUGGUCACAGCAAUAUAACUACAGAUCUUAGCCUGUGGCUGCUGUCCCCAGUGGAAUAUGAGCGAGGAAAAAACGCGGUGGACCUACGAGAGCUCAGUCUUCUUCUAACUCCACUUCUUUGUCUGCUCCCUGCUAUUGCCCUGGGUUUCCCAUCACCUCUCUUCCCAUAGGGGCGCAAGUGGGUGAGUCAGCACCAGCCUGCUGGGUGAGCUGUUUCUGUAAUUUCCAGGCUGAUGUAUGAGUGUGUGCAUCUGGGUUUCUGACAGUGGCAUCAAUCAAUGGCUAUUCCUCUGGGAAGCGGGUGCUUCAAAAGUAAAAUUGCAAUCAUA